ACCCAGGACUGGGUACAGCAAAUGGCUGGGUCCAGUGAUUUGAUGAACUGAGUGUUUGUUUUAUUUUUGUACAAUUACGCACUGCUGGGCCUUAACGCAGCCGAUAAGAUGCCUUUUCCACCUAUAAACCUUCACUCUCGGAUAUCAUCACCAGGCAAAGAUCUGUUCGGGAAGAAGAAAAGCAGCACGAGUGUGGUUCCUCCUCAGUCUUUACUCGAUCCUAAAUCGCGCGAGGAGAAGGAAACCGAAAAGGACAAACUGUCCACGUCCUGGCCUAGUGCUAACCUCAGACAGCUGGGACGCAAACCUCAGCAGCAGCAGCACUACUCCAGCAGAUUUCCUACAGACUGUUCAGUUCCCAACCUGGAUGUCGAGGAUGUGAAGAGCUCAUGGCUCCACUCGAGCAAACCUCUGGGAGGUUCGUGUGAAAGCGUGCCGCGCUCCAGCUCCGGAGAAUCCGCGGCCCGGCGCGCCAAAGACGAGCUGGAACAGGAGGUGCACUUCUCCCUCAGCCUCACCCCCGAGGCCAUCCUCGUCAUCCAGAAACGCAACCUCGAAAAACAGAUGCUGGCUAAGCAGCAGAAGUGCUGUGGUUCGACGGACACCAGGCACCGCCGGGCUCUCGCGUCCACCAAGAGGGCGCAGCAGCAGGGCGCAUCGAACAAAACCACGGGCCCUGGGGCCAAGCUGGACAGCUCGACCGACAUCAGCGCCAUCCUGAAGAUCUCCCUGCUCAACGAGCAGCACAAGUAUGACGACGUCGAGUAUGAGGAAGAGGAUGGAGACGUGGACGAGACGGUGAUGCGGAAAUGUAAAGAGUGGCUCAAAGGCGUCGAGAGCGCAGCCGCAUUCAGCAAAGUGGACAAACUCUCUGCGCUCCCGCAUCUCAAGAGCUGCUGAUCACUGUGAAAAACCGCAACAAUAUAGAUCGCUUCUCCUUGUUCAUAUGGCACUGUGCGUUUGUUUUGUCUCCCGGUUUCUUUCACAUGGACAGCGAUGUCGCAUGCGGCCCUUUGGUCCCUUUUUUUUUUUUUUUUUCCUCCUCCAGUCGGCACUCAGGUUGCGUCUAAAUGUAGCUCUGUUCAAAUCCCACUCGGAUAAACCAAUGUCCAUCAGUGAAGCUUGGGCAUCAACGCUUACCAUAUGCAUAAUCAAAGCCACAGGUGUCGUGCUCUUUUCUUUUUUUUUUGUUCCCCCCCCCCUUUCCCUGACAUGGACAUGCCUGUGUGGUUUGGAACGCAUCCCAACACCGAGGCUUGCCAAUGGCGCGCACGACGCUUUCCUUCCUUUGUGCCAGAAAUCAAAGACAAUGUGACAAACUUUACCAUGCAGAAUUCACAGGUGUGUGUAAAUGGGUUUGACAAAACCAGCUUUGUACAGUAUUUAUUUAAAAACCAUUAGAGGUUG